AAGCAAAACACUUCAAAAUAUCAAAUUCACAGGAGAGAGAGGAAAUAACUAUCAGCUGUAGAAAAAACUAGCAAAAAUGUUUCCAGCGUACUGUAACUGCAGGAUUUUGUUACGAUAUCUUCUCCGUUGAGCUACUGGUUACAUUAGUUUGUGGUUCAUUACUAUUCAUUGUUUGUGAUUGUUGAUUGUUACGAGGAAAUGGGCGCAAACAUUUCCCAGCUCGAGCGUGAUAUUGGCGCUGAUCAGUUCCCUCCAAAUGAGCAUUAUUUUGGAUUAGUGAAUUUCGGAAAUACUUGUUACAGCAACUCUGUGCUUCAAGCGCUAUACUUCUGUAAACCUUUCCGGGAAAAGGUUCUCGAAUAUAAGGCGAAGAACAAACGCACCAAGGAAACCUUGCUUUCCUGUUUGGCGGAUUUGUUUUACAACAUUGCUACACAGAAGAAAAAAGUUGGGUCGAUUGCCCCGAAAAAGUUCAUCGCACGAUUGCGUAAAGAAAAGGAGGAAUUUGAUAACUACAUGCAGCAAGAUGCACAUGAGUUUCUCAAUUUUCUAAUCAACCACAUAAACGAGAUCAUCCUGGCAGAGCGUAAUCAAGCUAAAGGUGGCAACGGAAGUACUAACAAAAAUGGAACUAGCAUAGGCAUGGGAACAAGUAUGAAUGGGGAUCACUCACAGCAACCCCAAGAGCCCACGUGGGUGCACGAAAUAUUCCAGGGCAUUCUCACCAGUGAAACACGAUGUCUAAAUUGUGAAACGGUUAGCAGUAAAGAUGAGAAUUUCUUCGAUCUGCAAGUGGACGUGGACCAGAAUACCAGCAUCACCCAUUGUUUGCGAUGCUUCAGCAACACGGAAACGUUGUGCAGUGAUAAUAAAUUCAAAUGUGACAACUGUUGUAGUUAUCAGGAAGCGCAGAAGCGAAUGCGAGUGAAAAAAUUGCCUAUGAUCCUAGCAUUACACCUAAAACGUUUUAAAUAUAUGGAACAGUACAAUAGGCACAUUAAAGUCUCGCACAGAGUGGUUUUCCCUUUGGAGUUACGAUUGUUCAAUACGUCCGACGAUGCCGUGAAUCCGGAUCGGUUAUACGACCUUAUGGCCGUAGUUAUUCAUUGUGGUUCUGGACCAAACCGAGGGCAUUACAUCAGUAUUGUUAAAAGUCACGGAUUCUGGUUGUUGUUUGAUGAUGACAUGGUUGAUAAAAUCGAGGCAUCGACGAUAGAAGACUUUUAUGGUCUUACUUCAGAUAUUCAAAAAUCUUCCGAAACUGGCUACAUACUGUUCUAUCAGUCGCGGGAUGCGACUUGAAAUAUGUUUAAAUGGGGAAGUCCUGUCUCCAGCGUAGGAACGUAGCAUCUGAGAACUCUCGAUUGUAUCAUGGAAGGAGAUGGUUAUGAUCGUUAAAUUUAUUUAUUUUCCUUCGAAAAGUAAUAUAUUUCGAUUUGUUUAUAGCGUUAUGUGGCGAAAUAGACCCCAACACCCAAUAGUAGCUUUUAUCAAUAGCAAUAGCAUAAAAUUACGCUUUUUUCGCGCUUGUGAAGAUACUUAUUUAGAUCGAAUGUGUACAAAUAGUGCGUGAAUCUGUUUUCAAGGAUGCAGAUGCAGAAAAGAAUAGCCUAUAUAUGCACCCAUACCGUAGGAAAAACAUAGCAGCAGUUGUGUAACAUAACUAAGCUACCGAAGGGCCACGGAGCCGAAAUGUGACGACUCUGGGUCAAAAUAAAUGCAACUGGUUAGAAGUAA